GCCUUGCGUCAGCUUUUCAGUUUGAACGGUUUAUUUUUCUUUCUGUUUUUCAUCUUUCUGGAUGGAGAAAUUCCUUUUCCAUUAAAAGUUAAGAUUCCGUAGAAAAGUAGAGACCCAAAGAAGCGUUGUCAACCGUAAGAAGCCGCUGAUAAUCUUCGCAGCUACCUCAUCAGCGUGGCGUGGCGAACCUGCGCGUCACUGCACAUUGAGCUGCGCGAGCUGCCUUCCUUGCAUUUUCUCUCUGCUGCUGGAGUAGGCCGUUGCACUUAUCGGAUCCGCCAUGGGCAAUCGGCUCGUCGUUGAGGCCAGCAGUGGCGCCGUCCCGCUGCCGCCCCCGCCGCUGCCCCCUAGCCCCGUCGCGGCAGGCAGCGCGAAGAACUCGGCGACGGCGUUGAGCAGCGCCAGUCCGCCAUCGGGGACCCUUCAGCCUCCCGCGCCGCCCCGCUUCUCCCUCAACAACCCCGGCUCCUUCGAGGAUCUGCACAAACGCGCCAAAGAUGUCUUCCCCAGCAACUUCGAGGGCUUCCGGUUCAUGCUGAACAAGCCGCUGAGCAACCACUUCCAGGUGAGCCACACCGUCAACGUCGGCAUGAUGCAGUCCGGAUACCGCUUCGGCGCCACCUACAUCGGCCACAAAGUCCUCUCGCCCAGCGAGGCGUACCCUGUGAUGCUGGGGGAGAUCGAGGCCAACGGCAACCUCAACGCUCAAAUCAUUCACAUGUUCGGCACGCGGCUCCGUUCCAGGCUCAUCGCGCAGUACGACGAAGGGAAGCUGGCGGGUCUGCAGCUGAGCAACGACUACCGCGCGCGCGACUUCACGGCCUCGCUGACGCUGGGCCAGCUGGACAUUGUGCGCGCCUCGGGCAUCGUGGUGGGCCAGUACCUGCAGUCGGUGACGAAGGCGCUGGCCCUCGGCGCCGAGCUCAUGUACCAGAAGGGCACGCAGAUCCCCGGCGGCCACAUCUCCAUCCUCUCCCUCGGCGCCAAAUACACCGGCAGUGACUUCCAGGUGGGGGCCUCGCUGGGCCUGGCCGGCGUGCAUCUGUCGUAUCACCAGCGCUGCAGCGAGCAACUGCAGGUCGGCGUCGACUGGGACACCAGUCUGCGCAGCGGCGAGAGCGUGGCCAGCCUCGGCUACGCCGUCGAGAUCCCCAAGGCCAACGCCACCUUUCGCGGCUCCGUGGACACCAACGGCUCGGUGGGGGCCAUCCUGGAGCGCCGGCUCUUCCCCCUGCCGGCCACCCUGGCGCUCAGUGCCUUGAUCAACCACAAGAAGGCCGCCUCGCAGUUCGGCAUCGGCCUGAUGAUCGGCGGAUGAGCUCCGACUAAUUCUGACUUGUUUUUGUAUGUAUUUCCGGGCGAUGACGACAGUGACGGGCGCCGUUCGAAUUUGAUUGCUGUUAAUUGUUUUACUUACUCGUAUCGGACACUACACUGGCUUUCUGUCUGCAUUUCCUUACAAUAACUGACUAACGGUUGGCAAUAAACACCAACAAACGAACAACA